AUGAGUUCACCUAAAAGACGUAUUGAAAAAGAUGUAAUGGAACUAAUGAUGUCAGAUCAUGAUGUUACUCUAAUUGAUGAUUCAAUUCAACAAUUUUUUGUCAUUUUUAAAGGUCCAAUGGAUACUCCUUAUGAGGGAGGAAUUUGGAAAAUUCGCGUUGAAUUACCUGAUCAAUAUCCUAUAAAAUCUCCAUCAAUUGGUUUUACAAAUAAAAUAUAUCAUCCAAAUAUUGAUGAAGGUUCAGGAUCUGUUUGUUUAGAUGUUAUAAAUCAAACUUGGUCUCCAAUGUUUGGAUUAUUAAAUAUAUUUGAAAAUUUCUUACCGCAUUUAUUAAGAUAUGCAAAUCCAAGUGAUCCAUUAAAUACUGAAGCUUCAAAUUUAAUGACUAAAGAUGAAUCAAAAUAUAAUGAUACUGUACGUAAAUAUGUUCAACAAUAUGCUAAACAUAUACCUGAAAUAAAUGGAAAUGUAGAUGAUAAAUUGGAUGAAGAUGAAGAUGAUGAAUUAAGUGAUGUUGGUAGUUUAUCUAGUGAUGAUGAUAUAGAUGAUGAUGAAGAAGAAGAUGACGAUGACGAUGAAGAAGAUGACGAUGAAGAAGUUGCAGGUGAUUUGGAAGUUUAA